ACGUCGAGUGCGUUUGUUUCCCGCGAGUAGCGAGCAUAGUGGCUACUGGAUGCUAGGCGGUGGAGGUGGUGAUAGUGGCAACUGGAGGAUCAGGGCGGCUCUACCUUUCGGGACUGUAUCUGAAAAGAGGCAGCGAAAGCUGAAUUUACUCGAGAGCACAUGGCGAAGCAAAGCUCUCUGUUCAACUUUUUCACCAAGUCUCCGCCGCCGGUUUCCAAACCGAAGCAGAGUUCCUCCCCGGCCGAGGCGGACCUGCCGAGCUCCGUGGAAAGGUCCAACUCGUCUCCCAAGGAGGAAGCCAGACAGACGCAAAGCAACCAGCAGCAGCAGCAGCAGCCGAGUAAGAACACGAAAGUUAAACAGAGCAAGACUGCAAGCGGAGGAUUCCAGAAACUGUUCGGAGACAAGGCCGCGACGACUGAAAACAGUUCCAAAUGCUCAUUUGGUGCUGGAGCCCUAGUGUGGGCCAAACUGGAAGGACACCCCUGGUGGCCAUGCAUGGUGGUACCUCAACCUCUGACAGGCCAGCAAAUGAGGGGCAAAGGUCGGGAUCAGCGCAUACAUGUCCAUUUCUUUGAUGAACCUCCAACUAGAGGAUGGGUCAGCACCAAAUACAUUAGAGAGUACCAAGGGUCUGACAGCAGUGACGUUAAACCGGGGGGUGUGUUCUUCAGCAGCAAACCUGUGAUCCGCCAUGCGAUGGAGCUCGCCGAUAAAUCCUAUUUUGAUAGUCCUGAAAAACGCUUAAAAAUGCCGGUGUGCAGGGAUCCAUCUGAUGAGGAAGAGGAGGAUGAAGAAGAAGAAGAAAUGGAGCUUGACAAGUCAGCAGUGAGUGAUGAAGAGGUCAGUGACAUGGACGAAAAGAAAAGCAAAGAAGUGAAGUUGCCCAAAGUCAGUCGACGUUCUUCGCGUUCCUCCGCAGAGCAAGGAGGCAAACCCAAGCGCCGCCGCAUCAUCGUGGCCUCAGACAGCGACGGAUCAGACGAGGAGUUCAAACCAGAGCAAGCUGCAUCCACCAGCGAGGAAGAGGAGGAAGAGGCGACCAUGAGCAGUGAAGAGGAGGAGAAGGAGAGCAGCCAAGAGUCGGAAGCAGACAGCCCAAUCAAACCUGUGAAGCGCAAACGUCCCGCAGACAAAUCCGUUAGUAAGAAAGCAAAUACGCCGGCUACGCCCUCAGCUGGACCUAAACGAGCUCCAAAGACGAUCACAGCUGACGCCAAAACCCGCUUGUCUGCCUUCUCCGCCCCAGACAGCUUCGAGAGCCAAGCAAACGGAUCUGGUCCCGCCGGAGGAGCGACAACCUGGGAUCAUGAGAAGCUGGAAUGGCUGCAGGACGGUCGGAGGAAGGACGGGAAGAGACGCCGUCAGAGUGAGGACGACUACGACCCGACCACCCUGUACGUCCCCGAAGACUUCCUGAACAGAAACACUCCUGGGAUGCGCCGCUGGUGGCAGCUGAAGUCUGGGAUGUUUGACACGGUGAUUUUCUACAAGGUGGGAAAGUUUUACGAGCUGUAUCACAUGGACGCCGUGAUUGGUGUCAACGAGCUCGGCCUGACAUUCAUGAAAGGCACUUGGGCGCACUCCGGCUUCCCAGAAAUCGGCUUUGCACGUUUCUCAGACGUGUUGGUGCAGAAGGGCUACAAGGUGGCCCGCGUGGAGCAAACAGAGACCCCAGAAAUGAUGGAAGCGCGCUGCAAGACCAUGGCCAAGCCCACGAAGUUCGACCGCGUCGUCCGAAGGGAAGUCUGCCGGAUUAUCACCCGCGGUACCCAAACCUACAGUGUGUUGGACGGUGCUCCUUCAGAGAGCCAGAGCAAGUUCCUCCUGAGCUUAAAGGAAAAGGCUGAAGAUGAGAGCUCUGGACGCCAUCGCACCUAUGGCGUUUGCUUCGCAGACACAUCAGUGGGAUAUUUCCACAUCGGUCAGUUCUCAGAUGAUCGCCACUGCUCACGGCUACGCACCUUAAUUGCACACUUCCCACCUGCUGAGGUCCUCUUCGAAAAGAGUAACCCGUCUGCCGAGACCCGCAAAAUCUUGAAGGCGUCUCUGUCCUCCGCGCUGCAGGAAGGGCUGAACGCAGGGACACAGUUUUGGGAUGCUCAGAAGACGCUGAAAACCCUCUCAGAGGAGAAUUACUUUGAGGAGGCGGCUGGAGACGGAUUCCUCCCUGCGUUCCUGCGGAGGAUGACCUUGGAGAGCGACUCCUUGUGUCUGUCCCCUAAGGAAGGCUACGAGUUGGCGCUGUCGGCUUUAGGCGGCUGCAUCUUUUACCUGAAGAAAUGUCUGGUCGACAAAGAGCUGCUCUCCAUGGCCAACUUUGAAGAGUAUGUCCCUGUUGAUGUGGAGUUAGAGAAAGCUGCUGGACCCGCCAGUUUUUUCUCCCAGACCCGUCAGCGGAUGGUCCUGGACGGUGUGACGCUGGCGAACCUGGAGAUCUUCCAGAACGGUUCAGGGGGAACUGAAGGGACGCUGUUGGAGCGUUUAGACUCCUGCUCUACUCCGUUUGGUAAGAGGUUGCUGAAGCAGUGGCUCUGCGCUCCGUUGUGUAACCCCGCCUCCAUCAGGGACAGGCUGGACGCCAUGGACGACCUGAUUGCAGCGCAGGCUCAGGCCGCCGACGUCUCAGAGCUGCUGAAGAAGCUUCCAGAUCUGGAGCGGCUUUUGAGUAAAAUCCACAGCAUUGGCACCCCUCUGAAGGGCCAGGACCACCCGGACUCUAGAGCGGUGCUCUAUGAGGAAGUCACCUAUAGCAAGCGCAAGAUUGCUGAUUUCCUAUCAGCGCUAGAAGGCUUCAAAACCAUGCAAGAGAUCAUUUCUGCUUUCACUCCAACUUCAGGCGACAUUCGCUCCACGCUGCUUCGUCAGAUUGUCAGCCUGAAGACAGAAGAGGACGGCCUCUUCCCAGAUCUGUCGGCAGAGCUGAAGCGCUGGGAAACAGCUUUCGACCACCAGAAAGCCCGCACCACUGGAGUCAUAACCCCUAAGACUGGCUUCGAUCCGGAGUUCGACCAGGCUCUCGCAGAAAUCAAAACCUGCGAACGGGACCUGCAGGACUAUCUGGAGCGGCAGAAGAAGAGGCUCGGCUGUAAGAACAUGGCGUACUGGGGAACCGGGCGGAACCGCUUUCAGAUGGAAGUUCCCGACAGUGUUUCGGAGAGGAACAUCCCCGAGGAGUAUGAAGUGAAAUCCACCAAGAAAGGCUAUAAGCGCUACGUGACGAAGGAGAGCGAGCGGCUCUUCUCAGAGCUGCAGGGAUUCGAAGAGAAGAGAGACGCAGCGCUGAAGGACUGCAUGAGGAGGCUCUUCUACAACUUUGACAAGAACUACAGAGACUGGAGGACGGCUGUGGAAUGCAUGGCCGUGCUGGAUGUUCUGCUGGCUUUGUCCCGCUACAGUCUGGGUGGCGACGGGCCGAUGGCCAGACCCCAGGUGGUUCUACCAGAGGACAAUGACCGUGGCACGCCGUUCAUUAACCUCACCGGAUCCCGUCACCCGUGUGUGACUAAAACGUUUUUUGGGGAUGACUUCAUUCCUAAUGACAUCUUUAUCGGUUGCCCUGGGAACAGUGAAGGUGAUGAGGUGGAAGGUCGCGCCUCAUGUGUCCUUGUAACGGGUCCAAACAUGGGGGGGAAAUCUACCCUAAUGAGACAGUGUGGACUUGUGAUUAUCCUAGCCCAGCUCGGAUGCUACGUUCCAGCUGAGAGCCUUUGCUUCACUCCAGUCGAUCGGGUCUUCACUCGGCUGGGAGCAUCAGAUCGAAUUAUGGCUGGUGAGAGCACCUUCUACGUGGAGCUCAGUGAGACGGCCAGCAUCCUGCACCACGCCACCAGGCAUUCUCUGGUGCUCCUUGAUGAACUCGGAAGGGGCACGGCUACAUAUGACGGCACAGCCAUCGCCAGCGCUGUUGUGAAGGAGCUUGCUGAUAAGAUCUGCUGUCGCACUCUGUUCUCCACGCAUUACCACUCCCUAGUGGAGGACUAUGCUAACAACGCCACUGUGCGACUGGGCCACAUGGCGUGCAUGGUGGAGAACGAAUGUGAGGAUCCCAGUCAGGAAACCAUCACGUUCCUCUACAAGUUCAUCACCGGCGCUUGUCCGAAGAGCUACGGCUUCAACGCGGCGCGGCUCGCCAACCUGCCAGAGGAGGUCAUCCAGUCUGGACACAGGAAGGCCAGAGAGUUUGAGAGAAGCACCAUCAGCCUCAGACUAUUCAGGAAACUCUGCCAGUUCGCUGAAGAUGCUGCUCCAGACAACGCACGCUUCACUUCACUCGUUCAACUGCUUAACACCCUGUAGUUUACCCACAAACCCUCACGUUUCUAUUUUUGUUCUUUUCAGGGGGGAAAAAACACUACUGCAAUGAUCUAAUAAAGUUUAUUUUAAAAAAAUGACAAUGUUUCAUCUAGGAAAUUAAACCCUUUUAAUUCACACUAGCGCCUACAUAACGGUUAUUGAAUACUUCACAAUAUAUUAAGUCUAGAUGUUAUGAUACAUGCAUACAUUUUCAGUCUGUAUGAGAAAUCCACAAUCACCAGUACACAUGGAUGGAAGGAGGGGGGGAGGCGAUGAAACCAUAAAGCGCUGUAAAUAGGUACUUGUCUCAGCUUCUGUAGAGCAAAAGCUGUUCGAUUCUCCAGCAACAUUGGAAACAGAAAAAUCCUAAGAAUUAUGCUUUUACAAGACAUUUUGCUUUUAAUUUUGUGAAUGUGAAAACAGUCAAGCAUCUGAUAUUAAAGACAAUGAAACAACACUUUAAAACAGGAUGAGAUGUAAACAAACAGGACUUGGAUCAUUUCCCAUCAGAUGUGUAAUUAUACUCUCACAUCAGUAAUUGUUUCACUUUUACUUGGUUGUAAAGAAAGGUUGCUUUGGAUUAAGUUUCAUGCUUCUAAAAAUGCAUGUUUAGCAAACCAACAUGGAAAAUAAAACGAUAUGCAUAGAAUACUUAAAGCAGGUUCUAGCGGUCUUGUCAAAGCACAUUUCAGCAUCAGAUUUUCUGUGUUGCACAAAAAAAAAAAACCUAAGUCAACAUUGCUGGAGAAAAUGUUUAGUGUUUUCCUCUUUUCUCUGGUCUCUUUCACAGAAAGAAGUUAGAUACUGCGACAUGAAUAUAAUUACAGCAAUUCUGGGGAAUAACCAAAAAAAAA